AUGAAGAUAUUACCACAACAACAGCCGAGUCUGAAGUACUUCAGUAUAGAAUUAUUAUUUGGCUGCAUGUUUGUCAUGGAUGUUCAUUGCCUUGUCGUUGAUGAUUACAGAUCAACGGACCGAUCAGCGUUACUCUCUUUCAAGGAUGGAAUAACUGAAGACCCGCUCGGAGUACUGAGCACAUGGAAUGAGAAGAAUGAUUCUCUUCAUUUCUGUCAGUGGAAAGGAGUUACAUGCAGUCGUCGUCAUCCUAAUAGAGUCACUAAGUUAGCUCUUAAUUCCCAAAGAAUGGUAGGUUCCAUAUCUCCUCAUAUAGGAAACCUUAGCUUUCUUGCAGAUUUUGACCUCAACAGCAACAAUUUACAUGGAAAAAUCCCACCACAAAUUGGUCGUCUUUCCCGACUAAAGCACUUGAAUCUUUCAUAUAACUCCUUGGAAGGAGAAAUUCCAGAGAAUAUUUCGCGUUGCUCCAAUCUCAUACACUUUGAUAUUACUAGGAACAAGCUUGUGGGGAACGUUCCAAAUGAAAUAGGCUACUUGCUUAAUCUCAAAAUGUUGAUGCUGGCUGAAAAUUAUCUAUCAGGAGAAAUUCCAGCUUCACUAGGUAGUAUCCCUUCAGGUAUUGGGAACCUUCAAAAUUUGGGAAUAUUAUACUUGGGAGAAAACAAAUUCUCUGGUUCAAUCCCUUCAUCUUUCGGUAACUUAACACAACUCAUCGACCUCAGUCUACAUAACAAUAGCUUAACAGGUCUAAUUCCAUCAAGUAUUGGAUAUUGUACAUAUCUGGAGAUCUUGGAAUUACAAGCCAACCAACUAAGUGGUAGUAUACCGAAACAAGUUUUUCAACUUCCCUCAUUUCCGAAGUUUCUCAGCUUAGCUAUGAACUCAUUCACUGGGUCACUACCAGCCGAAGUUGGCAACUUAAAACACCUAGGGGUAUUUGACAUGUCCGAAAACAAAUUAUCAGGUGAAAUCCCAGCUACCAUAGGCGAGUGUUCAAGCUUAACAUAUCUGAAUCUGCAAGAAGGAGAGGUACCAAGAGAAGGAGUCUUUAAGAACACAAGUGCAUUUUCAAUUGAAGGUAAUAGUAAGCUUUGUGGUGGUAUACCUGACUUGAAAUUGCCGAACUGCUCUAUCCCAUUAAACCCCAACGCGGCGGCGAAACAGAGGAAACCAAUGCGUAACAAAGUUCUAAUUAUCAUCAUAGUUACUGCAGUUUUAAUUUUGAUUGUGUUUCUCCUCACUCUUUAUUGGAGAAACAGGUCAAAAUCCAUGUUAACUUCAACGCCUCUGGACGUAGAUAAUCGGCUUAUGGGAGUUUCUUAUAACGAGCUUCUUAAAGCUACCAACGGAUUUAAUGAUUCUACCAACUUGCUUGGAGAGGGAAGUUUUGGUUCUGUGUACAAGGGACUUCUUCAACAAGAUGAAUCAAAGCCUAUCGCAGUGAAGGUUCUGCACCUUCAACAAAGAGGUGCAACCAAGAGUUUCAUGGCUGAAUUUUUUGAGUUGAUGGCUAAUGGGAGUCUAGAGAAUUGGCUGCACCCAACUAUAAGUGAUGUAAACAAUGACGAUCAGCUACAAGAGAAGAAUUUGAAUCUAGAAAGAAGAUUGAGCAUUGCAGUAGAUGUUGCUUUUGCAUUAAAUUAUCUUCACCGUGAUUCUCAAUCACCCAUUGUGCAUUGUGAUGUGAAGCCAAGUAAUGUCCUUCUUGAUGAUGAUUUAACUGCCCAUGUGGGUGAUUUUGGCUUAGCCAAAUUCCUUAUUAAUUCCUCCAGUAAUUCUAGAAAGUUGAAUCAAGAAGACGCAAGCUCAGUUGCAAUAAAGGGCUCCAUCGGUUAUGUUUCUCCAGAAUACGGAAUGGGUGGUGAAGUGUCGACACAAGGUGAUGUUUAUAGCUACGGAAUUCUUUUGCUAGAGAUGUUUAUAGGAAAGAGGCCAACUGAUUACAUGUUUAGGGAUGGCCUAAGCAUUCAUGACUUCUCUAAGAUGCACGAGUUGCCAGAGCAUAUUGAGGAGGUUAUCGAUUCACGUUUGUUGAUGGAAUUAAGAGAAGAUCAUAACGAUGCUGAAAUUACCAAUUACAGUAUCUUGAGGAACGAAAAAAGAAGCAUAGAUAGAGAUACAAUGAGACAAAUCUUGGCUUCCAUAAUUCAGAUUGGAGUUAAAUGUUCUCCAGUAUUACCUUCAGAUAGAUGCAGCAUGAAUGAGGUUGUUGUGGAUGUUCAAGCUGUUAAGAAUCAGUUUCUUGGUGUUGGACUGUAA